AGUCAAACUUCCUUAGGUUUAAAUCGAUAACUUUUCAGCUUGACGGCGCAAGCGAGUGAAAGCUACCCGCAAGCAGAUACACAAAAGGAGUGGAGGACCUGCAGCAAUGGGAAUCAAACUGUACUACACCACCGUUACUGCCUCGCGGACGGUGAAGUCUCAACAGGCAGAAGUGAUUCGAAUCCUUGAGAGUAAAAGCAUCCAGUACGAGCUGGUCGACAUCUCUGUGGGCGGGGAGCUUCGUGACGAAAUGAGAAGCAAAGCAGGGAACCCCGCGGCAGUCCCUCCCCAGCUGUUCAAUGAAGACCAGUACUGUGGGGACUAUGAAAUGUUUGCUGAGGCGGUGGAAGCGGAUACAGUGGACCAAUUUCUGAAGCUGGCGUGAGGAGGGCGCAGGAGUUCUCCACCUUAACCCCAGUCCCUCAACCACCCACCCACCCACCCACCCUGUGUGGUAAUAGAGGCCCUUUUAUCCAGUCUCUCUCUCUGCACCACUAGCAGUAUCCAUUCACUUUCAAUGCCAUAAUGAAGAAUGCCAAAUAUCUUGUAUCUAACUGAUCAGAAGACACACAUUCCCCCCCAACUGCACCAUUAGACUCACUCUCAAUCUGUUUUAUUAUGUUUUUAUUCUCUUCUUUUCCUUUUUGAUUUCUUUAAGACCGUUCUCCCUGUCUGACAGACGAGUGUUAAUAGUCCCCUAGGAAUCAAUGAGGUGUCUAAAUGUGCGCUAAUUAGGUCGACUUAUCUCGGCCGCUGCCACUUGAUCACUGGAGAUUAAACUAAUCCGCUGGAUGACAACAUUCAACCCAGAACCAUCUUACUGAUCCUCUGCAGACCCAACACGCAAUCAUCACUCAGUCUUAACUAUUUUGUUGUCUUUUUUUUUAUUUUUAUUUUUUUGUAGCCUUUAAAUUCCCCAUGUUGUACAUGACUGCACACUAUUUGUACCUCACAGUGCAAAUGCACAGGGACGUAGCAAGGACUAUAAUGUCCUUAAACCUCGUUAAUUAUGAGAGUUUUAGCAGCUAAAAGAUGCCUUUUUGGCACGCUUUCUUUUUGUAAUUUUGGUCCAUUGGUCCCAAUAUGCAAUAUAUGACAUAAGGUUUGGUUCUGAAGUGGGAACCCACUGUAGCCCACUGACACUCAUCUGACCUGUGUUAAGGAACGAUAAUGCAGCCAGAACUUAAAACAUAUUUUUGGACAAAUAUUAAAAAUACAAAUUACUUUAACUGGUACUUGUCUGUGACACAUUUAAAAGUGUCCUGUAUAUUUUUUUUUUUGUUUUUUUUUUUUGUAAACAAACAAAAAGUUAGGUUCACACGCAUUGUCCUUGAGGUCUACCAAAAAGUCUUGAGUGCAUUUCCUCCUUCCAAAGACAAUCUAAAAAAUGUAUUGUAAACGGUGCGUUGUUCACAUCCAUGUUUGCUGGCAUGCAGUCUUCUUCCUCUUCAUCUUUUUGAACAUAUUGCUACUCUUCUUUGCGCAUUACUGCCACCAAUGGUCAAUCUGUGAAACUGCGUGGCAGGUGUGUGUAUCGCCUGUGUGCACGAUAUUAAUACAAAACGGGGACUCGCUUUGUCUUGUAAAAACAUUGGUCCAUAGUACCAGUACCAGUGGUCAAAAAGUCUAUACGGUCCCUUUUUAAGCUAAGUUGUGGAAAUGUCUAACAAAGAUGAAGCCAGAUGAUAUGUUGGUGAAAUCUAUUGAAACUGAAA